GUUCGAUAUUCUUCCAAUAUAUUCAACUUCCCGAUCAUUCCGAAGAAGAAAUGCAUAAUACAUGAUUGUUCAACACCUUUACUUCUCUUCCACCACCGCCUCUUUUCUAAGAUAGACCGAACGGAAGCUUAUUUUAAGCUCUUUUUAUCAGGUCGUACAUCGUGAUCGAGGUCGGAUAAUACGUUCAUUUCGGAUUGAGAAAUUCGUCGAUGGAAUCAUAAAAGACAAAAAUGGGAACCAAUCUCGACACAACAAAAGACCUUGUUUCGCUCUUUGAGCAACAGGCUAAAGCAACUCCAAAUGCUAUCGCUUUGGAAGAUAUCGACAAAAAGUUGACAUAUAGCCAGCUAGAAGAGCAAACACGCUUCUUAGCCAUCGAAUUACAACAAAAGUAUGGCGUCAAAAAGGAUAGCUUGGUGGGCAUCUUGAUGGGCAGAUGUGCAGAUUACGUGAUCGCAAGUUUGGCAGCAUUACGUGCAGGCGGUGCUUUCCUCGUUCUAGAAUUGGCAUAUCCUGAAAAACUCCUGCAAAAAGUCGUUCGGGACGCUAGCCCCAACAUCAUCUUGACCCACUCCAAGCAUGCUAGCAGAUUGCCAAAGGGUUUCCCAAUCAAACAACUUGAUACAGAGAAGAUCGUGGAGAGCAAACACGACCUCCAACCAUCCGACAAUGAUCUUGAUCGAUUGGCCUUCGUUUCUUAUUCUUCCGGCACAACCGGGCAACCCAAAGGAAUCGCUAAUCCUCAUCGUGCAGCUGUUGGCUCUUACGCUCUUCGUUUCGGAAUCUCGGAUCUCAAUCCCGGUGACAGAGUCGCUUGCAAUGUCUUUUUUAUUUGGGAGAUUCUAAGACCGCUUAUUCGAGGUGCAACAACGGUUGCUGUACCCGAUAGCGUCAGUUACGAUCCAGAAGGCUUGGUGCAAUUCUUGCAAACUCGAGAGAUCGUUGAUACACUCAUGACACCGACAUUACUGGCAACAGUCUUGGCGAGCGAGGUAAAGAAACUUCAAUUGCCCAAACUAAAAUCUCUCUGGUUGAACGGGGAAGUGGUGACAGUGGAUCUCUGUACUCGUGCGAAAGCCGUCUUUCCUUCCACGCAUUUAUACAACGUUUACAGUGCCAGUGAAACACACGAAGUUGCAGCAGGUGAAGUCACUGAUUUAAUCACAAAGUCGUCUGCUAUCAAAAAUGGUGUCUGUCCCGUUGGUCCAUUGCUUGAUCCCAAAAACGUUUUCAUUGUCGAUCCUGAAUCGGACAAAUUGGUUGAGAAUGGCUCAGUGGGAGAAUUGUGCGUUGGAGGUCAUUUGCUAGCUCGUGGUUAUCUCAAUCUCCCUGAAGCCACCGAAAAAGCCUUCUUGCCAAACAAAUUCAGCGCUCAAGGCGGUCGAUUGUACCGUACCGGUGAUGAAGCACGCAUCGUUGAAGGAUUAUUGGAAAUCACAGGUCGUAUUGGUGGCUAUAUUAAAACGCGAGGCUACACUGUUCAACCUGGAGCAGUAGAAACGGCAAUUACCAAAAGAUUGGCCGUUCGUGCUUGUGCUGUCGUUGGACAUGGUGAAGGAAUUGAAAAGCGUCUUGUGGCAUACAUCGUUAGAGAUGUUAAUGCGACCAAUCGUCCUUGGCCCAAUAUUGAGCAACCGCUCGGUCAUAGUCCUGAAGCACGUAGAUUCUUGACCAAUGAUUUGGCUCACUACAUGGUACCUUCUAUUUGGAUCGCUCUUGACAAAUUGCCAACUCAUACAGUUUCAGGAAAGAUUGAUACGAAAGCCCUACCCUCUCCACCUUUGACCCGACCUGGUACGCCAGUAGCAGCAAGCGCAUCAGGUGCUAGACAGAUUCGUGUAGAGACGAUUAUCGAAGCUUGGUCGGCUGCUUUGAAUAUUCCACGUGAUGCGAUCCAUAUUGGCGAAGCCGACUUUUUCGAUUUGGGAGGUCAUUCGCUUGCUUUGGCUGAUUUAGCCUCUAAAUUGACAAAAGCAUUCGGUUUUCAAGUUCCUCUUUCGGCUUUAGCAGCUGAUGCUUCUCUGAAAGGCCAUCUUGCAGCCGUUACUGCAGCCAGAGAUGGACACUUGGCAGAGUUGCAGUCCGAUUUACCAGCAAUCAUGGCUGCUGAUUCCAAGUUAGAAGAUGAAAUUCGUUAUCGUUCCUCUUCAACGCCAAGGCACCGUCUAUCAGACGCAAAGACGGUAUUGUUAACGGGAGCAACAGGAUAUUUAGGCGCAUUCCUCUUGCGCUCACUCAUUGCUUCUUCUUCUGCAAAGAUAAUUUGCUUAGUACGCUUUCCACAACCCAAUGAGAAAUACAAGCCUGAUGGAUUAGCACGCAUACGAAACAACUUAAACGACCUCGGAUUAUGGAAUGAUAAUUUGUUGGAUCGUAUGGAGAUCUUACCUGGGAACUUGCCACAAACUCGCUUGGGACUUUCUGAAGAGCACUUUGCAGAAUUGGCAAACAGGGUUGAUAUUGUGAUCAGCUGUGCUGCAAUCGUGAAUUUGGUAUACCCUUACGCAGCUUUGCGAGCUGCUAACGUAGGAGGAACUCGAGAAAUUCUUCGUCUUGCUGCUUUAGGUGGCGCAACGGUUCAUCAUAUUUCGAGUAACGGCGCUUUGCCCGUCACAGGUAAGCCUUGGACAGAAUCAGCUCAAAUCACAGUAGAUGAAGCUGUUCAAGAUGUUCCAGAUGGGUAUGGCCAAACCAAGUGGGUGGCGGAACAGCUCGUUCUAGAAGCAAAAGCGAGAGGGAUACACACUACAAUCAUUCGUCCAGGAACGUUGAGUGGAUGCAGCGAAAGUGGCUCUUCGAAUCCAUACGACCUGCUCAACGCAAUUGUCGUUGAAUCUCUACGUCUAGGCAAAGCACCCGUUGUCGAAGGAUGGAGAUGCGAAAUGACACCAGUCAACUACGUUGCCCAAGCAAUCACGGCGAUUUGCGAGUACGACGGAGAUGGAAGCAAAGAUCUGCAAAGUGUUUUCCAUCUUGCUGAUCCUAAACCGCUUCUAGCAACGAGGCUGUUUGACUUGUUCGAAGCUUCGGGCUACAAGACAGAAAAGCUACCAUGGAACAAAUGGAAAGACAUUUGGCAAGAGAGUAUCGAAGAGAGGAACAAAGAUACCAAGCUUCCAUUCACUGCCGACAUUCUCAAAGGAGGAAUGCCAACUACUGAGGGUUUGACAGAAGCACCUUUGUUGGAUGAUGCAAAAACAAGACCUAUUCUUGAAAAGAUGGGAUUACCACGUCCCAAUAUUGACGAGCAGUUGUGGCAUACCUACCUGCGUCACUUUUAUGCUCGAGGAUGGUUACCAGCACCUCCAAGCGAUGCUGCCAAGAAGGAAGGCGGUCUAUCGAACGGGUAUACCAACGGAAUUACGGGACUAAAUGGAUCGACAAAAGGGAGACUGGCAGGAAGAGUAGCAGUAGUGACAGGAGCAUCAUCUGGUAUUGGAGCGGCAGUUGCAACGGCUUUGGCGCGUGAAGGUGCUAAGGUAGCCAUCGGAGCAAGAAGGAAAGAUGCUUUGGAGAAAGUGCAAAAGGGUAUGAUUGCAGCUACUUCAAACACUCGUUCAGAGAAGGAUUUCGUUGCUAUUCCAACGGAUGUGACGGAUUCGAAACAAGUUGAAAGAUUGGUUCAAACUGCGAAUGAACAACUUGGCGAUGUUGAUAUUGUGAUCAGUAUUGCUGGUGUGAUGUACUUCACAAUGAUGGCAAACGUUCAAACUCAGCAAUGGGAACAAACUGUUGACGUGAAUUGCAAGGGUCUCUUGCAUUGCUUGGCAAACACUGUUCCAAACAUGUUGAAGAAUGGAAAAGGACAUAUCGUUGCCAUCUCUUCCGAUGCGGGAAGAAAAGUGUUCCCGGGUCUGGGAGUAUAUUCGGCGAGUAAAUUCUUCGUUGAAGCCACAUUGCAAGCUUUGCGACUGGAAACUGCCGGUAAAGGACUACGUGUUACAGCUGUUCAACCUGGAAAUGUGAGCACAGAUUUGCUCAAUAUGUCAACAGAUGCUGAAGCAUUGAAACAGUAUGGUGAACCUUCUGGUGCAAAAGUUCUCGAUGCGGAAGAUGUUGCCAAUUCGAUCAUUUAUGCUCUCACACAACCUGAACACGUUGCCGUGAAUGAGAUCCUGAUCGAACCUCGGGACGAACCGAUAUAGAAUGGAUGAAAUUAAUUAUAGAAUUUUUAUUGUAUAUACGAUGAU